CAUGGGCGAAUUGUGUUAGUCAAUGAACCAAAGGGUAAGGUAAGGUUAUGUAAAUAACUGGCUACAUAUAUAGGAUUUUUGUUCCUAAUUGAAAGCUUUAUAUACAUUAUUCUUUGUAUUUUCGUUCUCACUGGGUAACAAGUGGAGUCUCAAUAUAUCCAGUGUUGUAACUAUUUUAAAUUUUUAGUCAUGUAUUAUAGCUAGAGGCUAGCUAGCUAGAAAAAGAAUGAAAAUGUAUUUUUAGCCAGCUAUCAAUAUCUACAGAGUUUAGUAAGUCAUUAUUAAAUGUUUAUCUUGCUAGCUAGCUACAUUUCAGACCUCACUCAAAUAUAGCUACGCUAGAAAGCAAUUCAAAUCAAGCUGUUAGCUGUUAUAUUUUAAGCCUUAGAAAUGUGCAUACUUUAUGUCUAGUCUCACAAAUAUUGAGAGAUAUACCCUGUCUAUUAUUUCCAGGGGGGUUGGAGGGACAUGGCUUUGAUUUGUGAUUGGGAGUCCUGGAGUAUUUAAUGCUCAUUUCGAGCUACGCAGACCCAAUUAGGUUUCGUGCUCUGCUAGACAACUCCCUGCAAGACUCAACAGUCCACACAGUGUGCCAUCUCCCCAAUUUCCCUCCCGUGACUUGGCUUAACCCGGGCUAUGGUAACAUUCACUCUCGCCCAUAUAUUGAAUCGCCGACAAUGGGAACUAAACCCCGGUCUCCCCGCACAAAGUGCAAGAGUUAUAACCACUAGGCUGCGGGGCCACAGUCUUUGAUUUUUGGUUCUGUAAACUACUACUGACAUUGAAGAUGCAGUGAUAAACAGUUAUUUGAUAAAUCCAUAAUGGCAGACUUAUUUGUGACAUUUGGCCUUACACUAUGUGGAUUUAUAGUUUUUGUUGCUUAUUUAAGCCAAAGGAAAACGUUUUAACGAAAUAUUAGAAGGUAGCAGAAAUAAACGGGACUAUACUGUGGAGAAUAAAAUACAAUGUUGAUGUCUUGUGCGGGAUAUCUCAUCAUUAAAAGUUUGUCUUUAGUAAUCGCUGUAUAUACACCAUUACUUCCAUCGCAAAACAGUUGUGGUCUCUUUUAGUCCAGUUCAAGUCACUGCCUCAUAUAUUAGGUGUACAAUAGGUUUUGUGUAUAUAUAGGUUUUGGUUAUAUUAUGUUUAUGGACUUGUGUUUAGUUACAACUGCUUCUUAGGACUUCUUGUCAGUGUAGGAUGGCUUAAACAAAACAAAGUACGACAUAAAUAAAAGUAGAAAUAGAAGUGCUUCACACGUUACAUGUGACAAUGAUAGGUCUGCGAAACAUUUACCACGCAGGACGAUUUUUUCUUCUCGUCUGCGGGUAUUUUUCCUUAAAAAAUCAAAUACAUGCCAUGUUGCUGUCAUGGUAUCAUUUUCCACCUGGUCUUUGGUGUUGUACGAGCCCUGGUAUACAAUGCAUGCCUUUUAACAUAAACAAUAUUGGAUUUGGGGGAGGGGGGCCUGUCUACUUAACUUGUAGGGACAUUUUCCUUUUACAACAAAAGUUUUCUCAAUAUAUUUGUGGAGGGUUGUAGGUCAAAGGAAUUGCUUGGCCUACUGAACUUUUGCAAUAACAAACAAUAUUGUGUAGCAAAAGGAUUAUUGUUUUUUAAAUAUUGAGUAAAUUGCUUCUAAAAUGAUUAUAGGCACCCAGCUAAUUAUUCCAUGUGAAUAAUAAAUAUAUUUAUGACAAUGAUUACCAGGCCUUAUUUUAUGGCACAAGGAAAAACGUAUAUAAUACCUUUUCAAAACUAAUAUUUGAAAUGAGUUAUGUUUUUGUGCAUUUUAUAGCGUGUAACUGUAGCUCUCUAUACCACAUUGCUGAUGAAAAAUGUAAGGAUAUUCAACCAGAGUUAGCUAUUGUUUGAAUUGUACUUUUUAGAAAAUCUCAAAAUGAGUUAUAUAAAAACAAGGAAUAUGGUAAGAAUUAUCUGAGUUAAAUUUUUUUUGUGUCUUUUACUUGCUCAUUAUUUGAUUUUUUUGAUUUUUUUUUUUUUGAUUUUCUCUUUAUUUAACGUCGAUAGAUACAAUAGUAUUUAAAUAACUAAUUUAAAUCGACAAUUUUAACUGACCUUUUACCAAUAAAAUAAGUACACAGACAUUCAAUCAUGCUUGACGUGUGUACUGUGAUAUUUUAUUAAAGCAUUGUUUUCACUAUCUUAGAUUAAAAAAUGCAAGGGCAAAUUACAGCUUCCCCAAGAGAAAGGUGAAAUAAAUAACCAGAAAGCUGGUCUUGUUGAGUCAUUAGUUAGUGCUGUGGAAAAUCAACAAGACAACAAUAAAAUUGAGGUAUAUAUAUUUCCCUGUUAACACUUAUUAUUUCUGAUUAUUUCGUUGACAGCAGCCCUAUAUAAUAACAGCGGCAAUUUAAUUAUGCUAUACUUAUUAUUUUUACCCUUCUGUAAACUGUGCAGUCUAUUGCUGUAUUCAUUUUAUUUCUGUCUUAGAAACCUGCUUUGAAUUCUACUGGAAAGGGUAGUAUUGAUAUUGAAGAAGCAGAUAUAAAAGCAGCAGUAUAUUGCUCAGAACUGCAAGAUAUAUUUAGUGGAAAGGUAUAUUGUCAACGACACAAUUUAUUUAAAGAAGGUGCUAAAAAACGAGAUGUUCUCAACCAUAUGCGCUUCAAAACAUGACUUUGGGGGAAUUUCACCACGCGAAAUUAGAGGAUAAUGUCUACAUGGUUUAUGUGAUGAAGCAUAAGACAGCGUCGACCUCUGGCCCGGUUGUUCUUGCUUUUUCCACUUCACUAUACAACGACUGCAGAGUGUACAUUGAUAAAAUUCGAAAUAAGAUUCCAGGUGUUGGAGUGGAACCCAGCGAUUUGGUUUUCAUCAGUUGGAGUGGUAGGCAAAUGACUUCAUCUAUGAUCGGUGACCAAUUCAAUGCAUUCUUUCAACGUGCUACUACAAAAAAUCUUUUGGAAAGAAAUAAAAGAAAGUUAACGGCAACGCUAGUACGCAAAUCUUUCGUAUCUACCGUGCAUUCGUCUGUUCCUGGGUUGAAGCGCGACUUAUCGAACAUGAUGUGUCACAGCGAAGAUACCGCAGCUAAAUCUUAUUUUCUUCAGGAAAAAACAAAAAAUGUAGCUCAAACAUUUAAGCGAAUGCAUAGCGCCAUGAGGUCAUCAUCUUCAUCUAUGAGUAGCGAAGAAAUUGAGAGGAAAAUUACCGAAAUCUUUAAAGAUGUUUUGUCAUCAGAUGCUACCAUAACUUUGUCAUCAGUACGAGAGAAAAACGAUCUGUUGGUGAAUAUUCCAAUGACCGAAUACCAAAUUCGCGACAAAUUAAGAUACAUUGUAGAAAACCAAAAACUGAGUAGGAGGGGGAAUCAAACUUUAAAUAACGAGGAAGACGUUUUACCUCCAACAGAUGAGCUUGGGCCUCCUGAAGACUCAGAUAGCUCUGCGCAUGAUGAUCAUUCUAAAUAUGAGUUCUCUGCUGAAUGUCGGUCACGUACAUUGUAUCUUCCAAAAGAAGAGAUUGCCAUACGUAAAGCUUUUAAAGAAAUUAUAAGGCAUCCUACCUCUUUUAUUCGCCGUUCUGCUGUAGAACGCAUUUUAAAGAACGAUCGGAAUCUGAAGGAAAUUUACGAAAAACAUGGUUUGCAGAAAAUACUCGUGAAAGUAAGGACUGAGAGGCGGAAAUAUUGCUGUAAAAAGUAGUAAAAACAUUUGUUAGAAAGGACUUUUAAGAUAAUUGUUGCACAAUUACGUUACUUCAAAACAAAGAAAUUCUAAAGCAGUUCGCUUUUUACAUAGCCACCUAUUUUUAUUUUUUUAUUUUUUUUUACGUUUGGAACGUUUGGACAGCGUUUCACGGACCGAUAAGUCUUGCCUCUUUCAUCUUGCAUGUUUUGUUUUUGAGAUUUGUAUGGAUUGUUUUUUGUUUUAACUUAGCUAAUGUCUUACACACACGAUGACCUUUACUUUGUAUUUUACUUUUUUCGUUUAAUAAAAAUCAUUUGUUGAGUUAUUUUUUAUUAAAUCGUUAUCUUCCACAAAGAGAAAAGUUCCUUGUUGCACUA